GUUAUGUGUCAUCAGUUCAUAAUUGUUUACCAGUAACUGAAAUCUACUUAUUUGCAAUAAAUCGUCAUUCUUGUGAAGUGCAGAAACCCGAUCCAAGGUUUUGAUCAACCUGGGUAUAAAUGACAGGUAUUGAUUUUAAAAUCCGAACAAUUGAAUUGGAUGGGAAAAAAAUCAAACUACAAAUAUGGGACACAGCUGGGCAGGAACGCUUUCGAACAAUCACCACUGCAUACUACCGAGGGGCCAUGGGAAUCAUGUUGGUGUAUGAUAUCACGAAUGAAAAAUCUUUUGAUAACAUCAAGAACUGGAUCCGGAAUAUCGAAGAGCAUGCUUCUGCUGAUGUAGAGAAAAUGAUCCUUGGGAACAAGUGUGAUGUGAAUGAAAAGAGGCAAGUCAGCAAAGAACGUGGAGAGAAGUUAGCCAGUGACUAUGGAAUCAAAUUCAUGGAGACCAGCGCAAAAGCAAAUAUCAAUGUGGAGAAUGCAUUUUUCACACUUGCCAGAGACAUCAAAACGAAAAUGGACAAGAAACUGGAAGGCAACAGUCCCCAAGGCAGUAAUCAAGGCAUACGAAUUACCUCACAGCAGCAGAAAAAGAACACCUUCUUUCGUUGUCUUCUUCUGUAAUGAACAUUGCCUUAAAAGAAACAGCUCAAGCUCUCACUGAUUUGAAGUGGAGUGUGCACGCUCUGAGCUUUUCCUGUAUGGAUGGACACUUGCUCUGGACAAGCCCUGUUGUGCUAUUGAAGGCGUACAGAGAUCGAGCAGCUGAGAAUUUUUUUUUUUUUUUUUUUAGCUUUUAGGACCUGUCUGAUGAUUACCUCAGGAGUGGAAACGUGCGAGUCAGAAUCUUCUGAUGGGAAUCCCUCCGUUUUACUGAUUUCCAAUCUAUUGGGGUGUGAUUGUUUGGAAUCCUAAUUUUCCCAUGUCCUGUGUUCCCCUCUGGUUUUCCUUUGUUUUGGUUUCCCCCUACAAAUCUUGUGUUGUGCAGAUGCUCUGGCAUUUCCAUUGAUCUUGCUGUGCAAUAUGCUGCAAUUCCUGUUGUCAUGCCUUCACAUUCAAUGCCCUGUACUUAUCAGUGAGUCCCAGUGAUUGCACUUUUUCUUCUGCCAGUAAUUGAACUUCUUUAUCAUGUGAGUACCUUGGAGACAUUAAUGGUUGUGCAAAGAAGCAGCCCAAAUGUCAAUUUUCAAACCUAAAGGCAGAUUUCCCUAUGUAGCUCCCUCCCUGUGGUGGUGACAUACUACAUACGGCAGAGUUGUUCUGGAUCAGAUGUGAGUUGAACUAUGCUGAAGCAGAUGUCAAGUGUAGUUUCAGAUGUAGUACCUCCAGUUUAACAGAGGCAAUUAGUCUGUAUCACCGUACAGCAGACUAGACCUUGACAACAAACCUCGGAUAGAUUCCGCUCAUCACUUCCUUGUGGUGUUUCCUGUGGUAUUGCUACAAUCUGAGCCAGUUUUAAUUGUUAGACUGGAUUGAACAGAAAUGGCUAGAAAUCAGAAGGCAAAACAGAAUUAUGAUCAUUAUUGCUGCAAACUGUCUGCUUCCCCGAUGUUGUCUGAGAAAGGAUGUCUUCAAGAAUGAAAUGGAGGGAGGAAUGCAAGAGGGAGCAGGAUGAGACAGGAUAUGGUGAUAUCCUCCUUUUUUUACUUGCUGAUGUGCAAUAGCCAUGAAUUUAUUGAAGAAGCUGUAUUCUUUUGGUAGUUUUUCUGUUUUCUUACAGCACUUGACCAGUGGAGCCGGCUAAACCAUAUUUUGAAUAGUAUUUGGAUGUUAAUGCUUAAACUGAUGGGAGUCUGUGCUGUUUAAAUCAUGCCACUAUUGUAAGCAGAGUAAUUAUUAAUUUACCAAUUGCAAGUGUCUAGUUUAAAGAAUUAGAGGCUUAAAGCACAGUAAACAGGUCCUGUUAAUUCAGCUUAUGCAUAAUUCUCAAACUUGAGUACUGAAAUAGUAAAAUCCCUCAGGGAGGUUAAAUGCACUUUUAGUUGAUGAGCAAUGCUUAAUGGCUGUCAUCUCCUUAGUAUUUGUGGAAUAUUUGUGGAACAGGAGAGAUCUGUGAAUUGGAGUGUACCAGUAGAUUUGCCUCUUGCACUAUCCAUUCCUGAGCCAGUCCCUGUUUGUGACUAUCACUCUAUAAACCUAAGCAAUGGGCAGUAAAUUGUGCCAGAAUUUGCUGAUAGUACUAUUUUUAAUAGUCCUUUAACAUGGAAGUAUUCAUUUGGAGUUCCCUUACAGCCAGGGUGUAGCUGUGUUGCUAUGAUAGACAAAAGGAGAAAGGUUAUAAAUAUUACUUUAAUUCUUAGAAUAUUGUAUUUUAAAAAAAAAUACAAUGAAAGGAAACAAAUUCUCUUCCGAUCUUUGCCCUCUCCUCUGCCCCAAUACGGAUCGAGGUGGUGUAUGUGCCCUUGUGUUAAGUUCCAAACUAGAAGGGAAAACCAGGAAUAAAGGGAAUAGAUGGAUAAUUCCGAGCCUUUUGAACAAAAUAUGUAGACUUCUCUAAUCCUAGAGGUUAAAAUCCAGUAUCAUUGCUACAUUGAAAGAUGUUCUUUCUUGGGUGGUGCAUGGUUACUGCACAGACAACAGUGAAGGAGGAUGGAACAAAAGUGGCCAAUUAUUGAUAUUGCUGUGUAUAACCCAUCUGUGUGUUGACUGCACUUUCUCAGUAUCCGUUGUAGGCUAAUUCAACAGUUGCCGAACUCAGACAGACCUGAAUGUCUUUUGCGAAUGUUACUAAGCACUUUGUGUAGCUCAGUGGAUGAAGGCGUGAGAAUCCACCCAUUUAAUUCUACCAGAAAAAUGAAACCAUUUUUGAAAUAUGGCCAUGUGCAAAUCAUGACACAGGUUUAAACAGCCAGUCUGAUUACUUCACCAGAAUCCCCUGCCACAUGGUACUGUAAAUAUACAGCAGGUUCCUCCCAGCUAGUCCAUUUUCAAUUAGUGGGGCCUCCAUGUCAAACUCAAUCCCACAGAGAUGCACAGACUCUGAUAUGUGCACUUUUCGCUUUCCUUCUCGAUGAAUAUUGGGGUAAUUUGUAACAGCCCAGUACCAGACAGAGCACUGGCCCAUUAGCGAUGUGAGGAAUUCCUCUGAAGCUAUGCUGUUCAACAAUUUGUGGAUAACCCUCUUCCCAAUUCCCAAUUUUUCUUUUUGAAGAUUAUUUUAAUAUUUUCCUGAAUAAUGGCAGGUGAUUCAUGGCUGUUGAGUAUCAGUUGGAAGGAAAAGAUUAUUUAUUCACUUCAUGUAUGUGAAGCUGUAUUUUUGAACUGUUUGUGAUCGCAGUCUCCAGAAUCGCACUGGUGCUGACCUUCGAAUGACCCUGAGCUCCACAACACAAAGCACCAUACUGCCUCGCCUAUGAAAGCAGCCUCCAGACCCCAUCGAUCUCCUCAUUUACCACUGUCCGCCUCAAUUCACAAACUGAAGAUUUUAUUUUUUUUAAUUUUAAAUUAAGAAAAGUUUAGUUUUAUGUUUAUUUUCUUGUGUGGAUGUAUUUUGUUCUGCACUCUGGUGUUCAAUGCUGUGUGGCUCAAAUUUGUUAGCUUUUCAUACUCUUAUCUCCCAGAGUGACUGUGGUACUGAAGCAAUUACAGAAUUAAUAAUUCCCCUGCCCCAGUAAAAUGUACCUCUGCUAUAUUGCCAAUGUGUCCCUUCAAGACCUUGAAUAUAGUGCACAAGGUAAUUCUCAGGGACUACAUGGGGCGAAAUUAUAAAAUCUGUUGAGAAGUGGAGUUUUUUGUGGAUAACAUUUGGUCAACUGAUGGCCAUAAACCCAUAAGUUCUGUGAUGUCUCUAACCCUCGUCAGCAAAAAUGCUAACACUGAUCAGCUUUGUGUCAAACUAAUAGCACCCUGGAUUCUUUCAAAAGCGCUAGCUAGUACUGAAGGGAGGUAUUGCAGGGGCAAUCCUCCGCCCAGAUAGCCAGUGCUUCAAUAUGGUCACAUAUCAUAGGGGACCCAUCCCCAAGCAGCUGGGUAGUUUGUGGCAAUGUGAUUAUAACUGGGGAGAUGCUCCUUGGCUGAACUGAGUCUGUGAUUCCGUUGGCUACAGCUUGACUAGUAGCAGGAGUAGGAAUCUCAUCAUUCCAGUAUUCUGCUCUUUUUUUGCUAUACUCCCAUAACAAAUAAGCUCAUCCACAUUCUGACUUGGUGCUGAUGAUGCUCUGCACCCAGAUUCCCUAGAUGUGGGCUACAGAUUUUAGAGUGCCCUCCCUCUAUCAGUUUGAAUAAUCAAGAUUAAAAGACAGUAUUUAGGAAGAUGCAGCUGGAUUGAACGGGGAUAUAUGGUAUAUGAUUGUACCUGUUUCGGGAUCAUUGUUCCUUUAUUUCCUUCAGACAUUCCUUGUGUUAAAGGUGUCCAAGAUUCAUUUGGUUCAAAGGGAUGGGAGGCUGCAUUGUUUCAGGUGACCAUGUAAAUAGCUUUACUUUGAAAAGAAGCCACUUUAUAAUUCUUCUGUACUUCCUGAAGUUGUUGGAUUUAUAGGUAAAGGUGGAGUUUUAAUGAAAUUAAAAUGUGAGUCUUUAAAACGCA